GUCCUCUCCAGGCCCGCCUUUGUCCUCCGCCUCCGGCCUCUCAUCGCCUCCGCCUCCGCCUUCCACCGCCUUACCUUGGCUAUAUCGACUAGGGGGUUCGCCACCCGACAGAGGACGUCGUCCCUAAACGAUCAGAAUCCGAACGGGUCGAAUCGGCCCCCAAAUAAGACGAGCAUUCUCGAAGGCUGUGAUUUCAAGCACUGGCUGGUGGUCAUGGAGCCUCCGGAUGAGAACGCAAUGCGGGACAAAAUCAUCGAUUCGUACAUCAAGACUCUUGCUAUGAUCUUUGGGAGUGAAGAAGAAGCUAGGAUGAAGAUUUAUUCAGUCUCUACGAAGUGUUACUUUGCCUUUGGAGCUCGUGUCGGAAGUGCUUUCUCACAAAAUAAAAGGUCUCGAUCACCAUAUUACUUUCUGGGUUUAUCAAUCUCAUCUGCGAAAAUGGCGAGUCGAUACCUCGCUCGUCGCGCCCUUCUCUCCACCACCAGACCGCCGUUCUCCAUCGUUUCUCACUCCUACACCACGGCCGCGGUCGCCUCCUCCUCCUCCGGCGUCCCCUCCAGGCCCGCCGCCUUUGUCCUCCGCCUCCGGCCCCUCGUCGCCUCCGCCUCCGCCUCCGCCUCCUACUUCCGCCGCCAUACCCCGGCGAUAUCGACUAGGGGUUUCGUCACCCAACAGGGGACGUCUUCCCUGAACGAUCAGAACCCGAAUUGCUCGAAUCUGCCCCCGAAGGAGACGAAUUGUCCCGACGGCUGUGAUUUCGAGCACUGGCUGGUGGUCAUGGAGCCUCCGGAUGCGAACGCGACGCGGGAGGAAAUCAUCAAUUGGUACAUCGAGACUCUUGCUAUGGUCUUGGGGAGUAAAGAAGAGGCUAGGAUGAAGAUUUAUUCAGUCUCUACGAGGUGUUACUUUGCCUUUGGAGCUCUCGUGCCGGAAGAGAUUUCUUACAAAAUAAAAGAACUUCCUAGAGUUCGUUGGGUGCUCCCGGAUUCAUACUUAGAUGAGAAGAAUAAAGAUUAUGGAGGUGAGCCAUUUAUCAACGGCCAAGCUGUUCCCUACGAUCCCAAAUACCACGCGGAAUGGAUGAGAAACAACUCACGGGCCAACAAAAGGAACAUGCGCAAUGACGAGAAAAAGAAGACUCCUCAAAUAAUAUCCAAAACUCUGCCGGCCGUGAAGACCAAGAAAGUUGUCGAUGACAAUAAUAAAGACAAACAGGCCGUCGUUGAUGCUCAGGUCGCGGAUGACAAGAACAAGAAGGCCGCCAGCCUAAACAAGAAGCGGCCACACACCUCGACUAGCAAGAAAGAUACGCCGCUCGACUACGAGUCACGUGGCAAUAAGAAGAUUCGUGUCGAUGAGGACAACAAGGUGGUCUUGCCUCCACGCUCCAUCGCCACCGCGGCUAAGGGCUCGACCAUCGUGUCCUACCUGGCGAACGUCUUGCCUCACGCCGACACAUGUCGAUGGGGAAGCGAUAGGAAAAAGCGAGCUAACGAUGUAGCUCGCGGCCUCGGACAGGAGCUGGCUCGACGCAAGAAGGAGUCCGACCUCCUCAGCCAGCACAACCGGCAGCUGACCACCAAUAACCUUGAGCUGAACAAGAAGGUGGCUGCCUUGAACGGCCAGAAUGAGCUUCUCGUCGCACGAAACAAGGAGCUCGAGCAGAAGUUGGUCGAACAGUCAGCUCGUCACAAUGAUAACCUCAAGGUGGCUGCGCAAAAUGCCUGCGAGACCAUUUUGCAGGCCGACAUCUCUCAAGCUACCCCUUCCCUCGCCGCCAUUGAACUCCGCCAGUGGCUGCCUCAGCCACUGGCACUGUCCACCGCCGCAAUCAUC